AUGCCGCAAAAUCCAAUUCAACUAUGCCGGCUUGAGUUGCUGCCUGCCGAGCUGCUCGAGAAGAUCUUCUUCUAUAGCCUAGAAGUGAAUCUACCGCGGGCAUCCCUGCACAUUGCCCAGAUUUUGUCAAAGCCCAUCAUAUACAAGUGGCUGGUCCGGCUGGCAUUCAGCAGUUCCAACCAGAGUUCGAGGAAUGACUUCUUCACGCCCGAUUUCCUCCCUCCCCCACUGGACUACUGGGCUCUGAACACUACAGAACGAGCAUGUCUGCAAACAGAAAUCCUCUCGUGUCGAUGGAGCACACUCAGCUUAUUCCGGCAGUGCCAGAAAGAAUAUGUGAAACACAUUAUUAGCAAAAAAUGCGCAAACCUCGUCUUCUCGCCUGAAGAUCAACUCAAGCUCGAUGACAUCGACCGUUUCCUCGCACGACCGAUGGAUUUUGACUUGGCAGUCCGUGGCCGCCGCGGUAGUGGCGAUCUCGUGCUCAAAGCCAAGGUCAAGGAUACAGACAGCAGCAAGCCGUUUGACUUCAGACUGGCGUUUUGGUUCCACUUUGGCGCUGUACAGGUAAACGAACCAAGUGCGGUUUCAUAUGAGCUCGACGCUUUCCGACUGCCCUGCGCUCCAUCAAUGGAUGAACCACCGCGCAUGCCCGACAAGCUGCUCCAAGAGCCGUGGACGGCAGAGAAACUCGAAUUUCUGACUCUGUUUUCUCACGAUGCCUACAUCGACGAGGACAAUAGCUGCGUUCGUUCGCGGCGUGUCCUCCGUCAGCUUAUCAGAGAUCGAGACUAUACCACAUUUGAAAAGCUGCUGGGGAUGAAUAUCAAGUUCAAAAACUAUAGCUUUCCAACAGCCUGGCCGGUUAAGUCGCGCCAUUUCCGCGCUGCUCUCAAGCAUGCCGAGGGGCCCAACGAUCCGUUUGUGAGAUUGUUGCACCACCAACGGUGGUCAUCACUCUCCGAGCGAGAACUGGAAAUCAAAGAGGGCUUUUUGGCGAAUCUGAAUCUUGGGCCUCCGCCACGUACUCGUUUCUGGACUAGCACUGCCAGCUAG